UCAACAGGAGCUAACAGACGUUCACACUGUGUCCACAGCAUGGGGAACCUCAUCAAGGUGUUAACCAGAGACAUCGACAACAAUGGUGGAAACUUCUUCCUGGACUUUGAGAACGCUCAGCCUUCGCAGUCGGAGACGGCGGUGUGGGAGGAGGUGAACCAGGUGCUGACGGAGGCUCGGGUCAUCCUGGAGGACCUGCAGGCGUACAGAGGAGCAGGAGAGGAGAUACGACAGGCCAUCCAGAGUCCUGGUGUGGAGGGUGUACAGGAGAAGGCCUGGUCAGCUGUUGUUCCUCUGGUCAGCAAACUCAAAACAUUCUAUGAGUUCUCACAGAAGCUUGGUAAGGAUGAUGUUUAA